AUGAUUGCUAUCAUUGCACGUAUCUUUGAAACGGAUGUUGAUGAUAGUUCACAUUGGGAACAAAAUAUUUCAACAAAUUUACAUUAUGCAUGCGAUUUGCAUACUGCUGCACCAAGUAAAUGUCCAAUGGUUGUUGGAAAAUCUGCAUGUCAACACUUUCUUGACAUACUUCAAAAUUUGGCGAAUCAUAAUUAUCAAUCACGUGAGGAAUGUAUGUUUAAAAUUGAUAACACGAAACAUUACAUAAAUCCAAUUACACAUUCAGUACGAUAUAAUCGUAUCAAUCCAUUUCAAGUGAUAUCAUAUCAUGAUCAUUCAAAUGAUGAUUAUAGUAAUAACAACGAUGAACCAUUCAGCUUGAUUCGAUUACAUACUCGUUCGUUCACAUAA